UGAUUGAAGAUCGCCCAAGCCGAGUUCCGCUGAAUCCGAGCGACCUAAUCCAGUCUCGAAGUCUUGUUGAGAAUCCGCCUCCUCCGGAGCGUCCUCCUGCGCAUAUAUUCGGACCCAGGCCUCUCGAGAGCUUGACCAAAGCCGUGCGUGCGGCCUCCAAGGGCAACCGCCUGCGGUCGGAGCGGCAAGAGGACCUCGCGCCCCCCAUUCCCACGAGUAGCCUGGAUACGAGUCGGUUCUUUGGCAAGUCUAGCGGUGAGGUCUUCGCCCGUACGGCGUUGUCGAUGAAGGAACAGUUUGUUGGGCGCGGCGAGCGCCCUAUCCUGUCUCAGCGACGUGAAGAGUUCUGGACCCUGCGGCCGGGGGAAAGGAUAUCGCUGCCCUUCACCCCGCGCCGUUACGAAUUUCCAGACCCAACUCUCGGUAAAGAUCUGAUCGACCUCUACUUUAAACACCACAACAUCUACCUUGCUCUCCUCCAUCGCCCGUCGUUUGAGAGAUCGAUACGAGAAGGCUUGCACUUUGUUCAUGACGGCUUCGCGUCCGUAUACCUCCUGGUUUGCGCCAUUGGCUCAAGAUUCUCGGCAGAUUCGAGGGUGCUUCCCGACGGUGUCGACUCAUAUCACUCGGCGGGUUGGAAGUGGUUCGACCAAGUGGAAACGGGCAAGACGGUCUUCCUUUCGUUGCCAAGUUUAUAUGACCUCCAGCUGUACUGCGUGACCGUGAUCUUCUUGCAAAGCUCUUCCGUAUCACAGUCCGUAUGGACGAUGGUCGGAAUUGCCCUUCGGCUAGCGCAAGAUGUCGGCGCUCAUAGACGGAGGAGCACCACACCAACAGUUGAAGAUGAAUUAUGGAAGCGAGCUUGGUGGGUCCUUAUAUGCAUUGACAGAACUACCUGUCUGUCGUUAGGCCGCCCGUUGACUGUUCAUGACGAAGAGUUCGACCUAGACCUGCCCAUCGACUGUGACGACGAGUAUUGGGAACAUCCAGACCCGAAUCAAAGAUUCAAGCAGCCGCCGAAUAAGCCUUCCUCCAUUACCUCCUUCAUCCUACUCGUGAAGCUUGUCCAAAUUCUGUCAAUCUGUGUCCGUGCCAUCGAUUCGCUGAAUAAAUUAAACACGCAUCUCGGAUUGGCUGGAGAUCAGUGGAAGUCGCAGAUCGUGAGGGAGCUAGACUCGGGUCUCAAUAAUUGGAUGGGGUCGAUACCAGAUCAUCGACGCUGGAAUCCGCAACACAAGAACGACAAAUUCUUCAGCCAAUCUUCGCUCUUGUAUGCUCUCGCUUAUUACACCCAAAUUCUCAUCCACCGCCCCUUCAUCUCUUCGCCGAAUAAGUCUUCUUUGCCGCCCGUCCCUUCACUAGUUGUAUGCACCAACGCUGCUCGCUCCUGUAUCAACAUCGCGUAUACGCAGCUUGAGCGCGAUAAAAUACCACCACCACCCGUCCAGGUAGCUAUGUUCACUUCGUCUGUCAUGCUCAUGUUCAGCAUUUGGGAUGCCAAAAAAUUAAACCCGAAUUCAGAAAGGAAGGCCGAUAUGGAAAAUGUUCAGAAAGCGUUGGAGGUACUGAAAGCGGCUGAGGGUGGCGCCCUUUCCUCAAGGGACAUUUUAUCUGAUCUCUCAUCGAAAGACCCGCGUCCUUCUAGCAGCUUUCCUCAAGCUUCUGCUACGAUCUCCUCCAAGCCCUUGAACGCGCGAGAUUCUUCUCUUCCUGAUAUCCAGACGCGUAGGCACCGAACGCCCGGCGAAGACAGUGAAUCAAGCCAGCCCAUUGACGCUCUCGCUGGUGUAGGCAGAGAUUCCUUCCUCGACCCGUUUCACUUGCAGGAUUAUCGGAAUUUUGUGUCCACCGAUUACCAUCUGUAUGACCUCUAUCUGCCGCACGAACCCGUCAGUGAAACCGAUUUCUGCCCUCCCGGCGCUACGUAUUUGGCAACUUCGAUCGACAGCUCUGGCUUCAUGCAGCCCCAAAGCAAUCUUCCAGUUGUGACUGCCACUGGCAAUCAACAAUGCACAGAAAUGCAAGGUGUCGCGAAGCGGGGAUGGGCGAAGAAUCUGUAUUCAGACGGCGAAUCUCUGUGGUCAAAUGUCUCCCCUGAAUACGGGGUGGAUAAUGUUGUAACAAACCAGAGGUAGU